UGUCAAGUAGUCCAUUUGGAUAACGACAACCUUAAUUAUCUGCAAUAUUACUUGAUCCCUUUUUCCUUCAAGAUCCGUGUUGACAUGGUUUUACGGAAAUUAGGCCUAGUCGAGUCAUCUUGGAGGUUUACUGUCAUCGCGCUUGGUCUUGAUCCCGCACUGACCGUUCCAUUCCUGAUUGUUGGUCAGGCACGUGAGCCUCAAGUGCUGUUUGAAACGUCGCAUCUCAAUAUCAAGGGCGUACUAGUUGGACAUACGAUCAGAAAGACAGUCAACCUGAUGAAUUUAGAGUCUGGCGAUGCUAACAAAAGACUCCCUAUCACUGACGAAACGAAACCUCAAGGACUAAGUGCUAAACAGGACGACUCCCUCAAGUUCAGCUUCGUCGAGGCAAGUUGUUUUAGUGCUGGACAAUUGGACAGAGUGCAUGUAGAACCCAUUGAAGGCAGAGUGGAUCCUGGAAGCAAGUAA